GCAAGCCACUUGUAGGGGCCUCCAGGGAGUUAGCAAGAAGGCUGGAGCCGGACGGCGAGCGCGCCGCGGCCCGCGCGAUUUCCCGCCGCGCCCGCGUCCCCGGCGGCGGGCGGGCUCGGGGGCGCCCGGGCCGCGGCGGCGGCGGCGGCGCGAGCGGCGCCUCGGGGCCGGUGAAUCAUCCCGGCAGACACCGAGAGCCGCGGCAGCAGAGAGCAGCGCUGAAAAAUGGCUGAAGCGGCCGCGGGCUUUCUGGAGCAGCUCAAGUCCUGCAUAGUUUGGUCCUGGACGUAUCUCUGGACCGUGUGGUUCUUCAUCGUGCUCUUCCUGGUCUACAUCCUGCGGGUGCCCUUGAAGAUCAACGACAACUUGAGCACAGUGAGCAUGUUUUUGAACACAUUAACACCGAAGUUCUACGUGGCCCUGACUGGCACUUCAUCACUAAUAUCAGGGCUUAUUUUGAUAUUUGAAUGGUGGUAUUUUCGCAAAUAUGGAACAUCCUUCAUUGAACAAGUCUCAGUAAGCCACUUGCGCCCCCUUCUGGGAGGGGUUGACAACAACUCCUCCAACAAUUCUAACUCCAGCAAUGGGGACUCAGACUCCAACAGGCAGAGUGUCUCAGAAUGCAAAGUAUGGAGAAAUCCACUAAAUUUAUUUAGGGGUGCUGAAUAUAAUCGGUACACCUGGGUGACAGGACGAGAACCUCUAACUUACUAUGACAUGAAUCUUUCUGCCCAAGACCAUCAGACGUUCUUUACCUGUGACUCGGACCAUCUGCGUCCUGCAGAUGCAAUAAUGCAGAAAGCCUGGAGAGAGCGAAACCCGCAAGCUAGGAUUUCUGCAGCUCAUGAAGCCUUGGAGAUAAAUGAAAUUAGGUCCAGAGUUGAAGUUCCCCUAAUUGCUUCCUCUACCAUCUGGGAGAUAAAAUUGUUACCAAAGUGUGCAACUGCUUAUAUUCUCUUGGCUGAAGAGGAAGCAACAACCAUUGCUGAAGCAGAAAAACUGUUUAAGCAGGCCCUGAAGGCUGGAGAUGGCUGUUACCGGCGUUCUCAGCAGCUACAGCAUCAUGGAUCCCAAUAUGAAGCCCAACAUAGACGAGACACCAAUGUUUUGGUCUACAUCAAAAGAAGGCUAGCGAUGUGUGCCAGAAGACUUGGGAGGACCAGAGAAGCAGUGAAAAUGAUGCGUGAUUUAAUGAAGGAGUUCCCCCUUCUGAGCAUGUUCAACAUCCAUGAAAACCUUUUAGAAGCCCUUCUGGAACUCCAAGCAUAUGCUGACGUUCAGGCAGUCUUAGCAAAGUACGACGAUAUAAGCUUACCAAAGUCGGCAACAAUAUGCUACACAGCUGCCUUGCUCAAAGCAAGAGCUGUCUCUGACAAAUUCUCUCCCGAGGCUGCAUCUCGGCGGGGGCUGAGCACAGCAGAGAUGAAUGCAGUAGAGGCCAUUCACAGAGCUGUGGAAUUUAAUCCUCACGUGCCAAAAUACCUACUAGAAAUGAAAAGCUUAAUCCUGCCCCCAGAACAUAUCCUGAAGAGAGGAGACAGUGAAGCAAUAGCAUAUGCAUUCUUUCAUCUCGCCCACUGGAAGAGGGUGGAAGGGGCUUUGAAUCUUUUGCAUUGUACGUGGGAAGGCACUUUUCGGAUGAUCCCUUAUCCCUUGGAGAAGGGGCACCUUUUCUAUCCAUACCCAAUCUGCACAGAAACAGCAGACCGGGAGCUGCUACCCUCUUUCCAUGAAGUCUCAGUUUACCCGAAAAAGGAGCUUCCCUUCUUUAUUCUCUUCACUGCUGGAUUGUGCUCCUUCACAGCCAUGCUGGCCCUCCUGACACACCAGUUCCCGGAACUCAUGGGGGUCUUUGCAAAAGCUAUGAUUGACAUUUUCUGCUCAACAGAGUUCAGGGACUGGAAUUGCAAGAGUAUUUUCACAAGUGUUGAAGACGGACUGGAAAUCCCACUGGCACCUCUAUCUCAACACCAAAACUGAACUUAUCGCCCUUGCCCCACCAUCAAAACUGCUCCUCCUCCUGUAUUCCCGACUUCCUCCAGGGCCGUGCCCUUCCUUUCUUACUCCCUGCUUGCUGUCUGGCUCAGCCUUCACCCUGGUAUGGGUUGUGGGUUCCAACAUCCUGAGCCAUCAGGCAGGCAGUACUGGGAUUCCCCUCUUCCCAUCUGUUUCUCUUACAGCACUUCUCUUAGGUUAGGUCCUUAUUCUCUCUGCCUGGAUGUCUGUAAUUGUCUUAACUGGAUUCUUUGCUUCCAGUCUUACCUUCUACCAGUCUUUCCUUCAUACUGACACAAGAAUGAUCUUGCCAAACUGCAAAUCUAAACAUAUUACUUCUCCAGUGGUUGCCUGCCUGCUUCCGGAUAAAAUCCCAGUUCUCUAGCAAGACAUGUAGGUCCUUUUAUCAUCUGGUCCUUGCUUGUCUUGACAAUCUCAUCUCUACCAAUUAAUUCUUGCAUAGACUGGUCUUCAGUCAUAGUAAAUUAUUUACCAUGCACAGAUGCAUCAGGCCCUUCUGCACCUCGGUGCCUUUGCAUGAUCUUUGCAAUGUGGAAUGCCCUUCACCCUAACCACCCCAUUGUCCACUAUAUCAAAUGCCUCUUCAUUCUCAUGCUCAGCUUUCUUUGAAUUUCUCCUAACCCGAGUGAAGAAGGUGUCUCUCCUCCGUGAUCCUACAACCUAUAUGAUAACAUUUACUGUUUUGUGUGUUGGUAAAUCCCAUACCCCUUUCAAACUGGAACUCCUUGAGAACAGCAGGACUGUGUCUUCCUCAUCUCUGUAUCCCCCAAUCUUUGCACAGUGUGGCACAUGGUAGGCUUUCAAUAAAUGAUUAUUAAAUAAAUAAACAGUAGUGGUCUCUGCAGAAAAAAAUCAAUGUAAAAAUUAGAUACUGCUUGGUAUUUUGUCCCUUCUUUUAUACUUGUAAUCAUAGACUUGAAAGGACCUUAAAUGAAAUGCUUUCAACAGUAACUCCAAAGGGAAGUCAUCUAGACUCAUCUUGAACUGUUAACCAUGGGGAGCUCAGCUACUAAACAUCAAGCCCAUUUCAUUGUUGGAUCACUCAGAGGUCCUUAUUAUACUACUAAAGUCUACCUCCAUUUAAUUUCCACCUUUUAUUUCCUUUCUGCCCUUAGAGAGUACUUCAAGCAGGUCUACUUCCUUCUGCAAGUUCUUAGGAUAGCUCUGUUCAAGGCCACCUUUAACCUCUGACUCUCUUCUCUCUCCUCCAGACUGAAUGUCUUAAAUUUCCUUAAGUCUUCUCUACCUGGUGGUUUCUAAACCCAGCAUCACUCGGACUGCCAGCUUGCCUGUCCCUUCCUUUAUGGGCCUGUGCUAUACAUCAUGUUCCUCUUCUCCCCAGCCAGCCUCCCAGGAAAAGUAGUCACAAAACACAGAGAAAAUUAGAGUGUAACUUAGUACAAGGUAAAGGAAGACUAUGUUUACAACUUUAAGCAAUAAAUGUUCCCUCUUUUCUGUUUCUCCCUUAGAUAUUUUAAAAACAUAUUUGUAAAAGUAUCUUAAUCAUUCUGGCAUUGGUCAUUGAAGUAACGAGUAGCACUUGGUGGUAGUUUUGGAUCAGUACCAAGGUGCUCAGCCUCUGGCAUGCGUGGAGAUCAUCUGGCCAUACCACCCCAUUCAAAAUCUUGAUGUUCACACCUAUGAGUCUGUAUUGUUAAGAAACACCCUGCCAGACUCUGAGAGUGGGGCUGAGGACCUUGUUCCCUUCUAAGGACUCUUGUCUCACGAAGGCCAAACCUGUGAGCAGUUAUUUGAAACUGCAUUGUAGGCUCUCAGAGCUGUUUAGACAAAAACUUUCCAGGAAUCAGUGGGUUCAACCUAGCUGAGUCUUGGGAUCAUCAAGGGAGCUUAAAUAUUGCUGAUGUCCACCCCACCUACUUCCCAGGGACUCCUGCUUAAUUGACCUGAGAGCAACAUGGGCGUCUGAGUUGUCACAUACUCCCCAAGUGACUCAGGUGUGCAAGGAGAGCUGAGAAUCACAGUAUUGAAUGAAGACUAAUAUAAUAACUUGAGAUGGUUUUAACCAUCAAGGGGAUUUGUGAAGCAAGGACAGAAUUAAUAAAAUAUGACUGGGUGUUCUCUAGAGAGGGCAUACAGCAGUCUAGUCCUGUAGGACUACCAUUACUACAGGUACUACAGUAUUCCAGAGUAUUGGAAGCUGAGUUCAUGAUAGAUGUUUAGAUAAGAGGCUACUUUCCUCAUUUAAGCUUCCAAAACUUUGAUUUUAAGUCUAAAAUCUAAUGAUUGAAUAAAACAUGAAUCUACCUUUAGGGUUCUCCUGUUUUAUAUUCUCCCAAGAUGUGGUAGUUUGUUCAGCUACCCAGAAUUUUCUAAUAAGAUUUUGGUACUUUUCCUUUUAAACCUCUGCCUGAAGGAUCCUCACAUCCAUCUUACCCUUCAUGCAGGUCUAGCUAUUUCCAAAUGUCUGGAGAGACUUCGUGGAGAGAAAGAUGGAUGGCCUGAAUGAGUCAAACCCCCUCCCCUCCUACCCCCGCCCCCGCCCCAGCUCACCCUGCUCACUCCAUCAGGCCCCUCCCGAAGCCCCUGCCCCACACCCACAGGUUAUCACAGCUGCCCUGCCCCACAGGCUGCCUGCACCCAUUUGCAGCUUGUGAAAGUGAUUUUCUCCGCCCUCUCCUGAGAUAAUGUCCUGGUAUAAUGACUUUUAGUAGACACAGAGAGAACUCUCCAGGGUGUUUACAGGCCAACUUGCAGCCAGUCAGGAAGCCCACAGCCAAGUGUGAGCCACUGGAAAAUAGAGGAGGCUUCAACUGGCUUUUCCCCUAAUCUAAUCUACCUCAAUAACCUAGGGCUAACUGUUUCUAGAAUGUUUGGUUACCAAGAUAAGAUUGCUCAUAUAAAUAAGUCAUCAUUGCAAGCCCAGCUCCUCACAGAACGUGGGAAGGUCAACGUUCUGACCCCUCCGCUCUCAAGGGUCCUGCCUUUCCUCCUCUGUUCUCUCCCCUUCCCUGAGACUGAGCCCUCUGACUUCUGGCUCGUCUUCACUUAUAGGCCCCGACCUCUUUGAAGUCUGAUAUUGAUUACAGUGAGAUGUCAAUUCUCUGUUGCAAUAGGGCACCUGGAACUUAUUCAGAUAAGCAGAGGCGUUUCUAAUGCUAAGGAAGCAUGUUGGGAGCCAUGACCUUCUUCUAAGUAAUGGUGUUUCAGGAAAAGAGGAUCAGGCCAUUGAAGUGUCACUCUCUCUCUUUUAUUAGUUCAGUUGCUUUUUCUCACCACAGGACACUGAUUGAAUUAUGGAGCAUUUUGGUUAAAAUUUUGACCAUGUAUCUCUGCCCUCUAGACAGAAGUUUUGGACAUUGAGAUAGAUGGCUGCUCCAGGUUGCCUGGUUUUCCUCAUUCAGACUUAACUUUUCAGGCAAUAAAUUUCCCCCCAAAGUCUAGAAGUGAAACUGCUGUUUCUUUUGUGCAUGGGUUGGUUCUGUGGCCAAAUAGUAUUGAUUAAUUUUCCAACAUCCCAAGGCAUCCUGAGGAGCAAGGCUUCUUCCU